AACCUGCGGUUAUAUAGAGUGAAAUUAAACACCUGUUAUUACAACGAAAACACCCUUUGUCCGAAGUGCUAUUAUUCUAUCGAGGAACGAUCACAAAAUGGCGAAAUGUCUGUUAUUUUUAUCAAUUCUUGUUGUAGGAAUAGCAGUUUUAUUUACUGUUGACAGUUUUAAACCGUAUAAAGAAACACUUUUAAAAUAUAUGGACAAUUUAGGAUUAUCAAAAGUACUUUUUCGUUUAAAUGAUAAACUGAAAAACUAUUUUAUUUUUACCUUUAAAGAGAAAAUUUUAACAAAAGCUGAAUUAGCUCAAUAUAUUGAAGAACCUGUAUAUUUAGCAAUACUGGGAAAAGUAUAUGAUGUCACCAAAGGGAAGAGACAUUAUGGUAAAGGUGGCUCUUAUGAAGGGUUUGCAGGAAAAGAUGGUACAAGAGCGUUUAUUACCGGAGAAUUUGAUGAAGCUGGUUUGAUUGAAGAUAUACGUGGUUUUACAUUACAAGAAUUUUUAGGACUUAAUGAAUGGCAACAGUUAUAUGAAAGAGACUAUAAGUACAUUGGUAAAGUUAUUGGUGAAUUUUAUGAUGAAAAAGGCAAACCAACAGAAACCUUAGAAACCUUUAAUAAACACCUUAAAGAAGCAUAUAAAGAGAAACAAGCAGAAGCUGAUGAUAUGAAAAUAUUCCCACCGUGUAACUCAGAAUGGAGUGAACAAGCAGGCAAGAGAUUAUGGUGCACUGAAUGGAGUGGAGGUAUAAAGCGUAAAUGGGUGGGUGUACCAAGGCAAUAUUUAAAGGCAGGAAAGACUACACCACGAUGUGCCUGUGUUAAUGAGAAGCUUUUGAAUAAUCCUAGUUUAAAAGUUUAUCCUGAUUGUGAUUCUACAGCUGUAUCUUGUUCUUUUCCCAGCUGAUUCAAUCCACUGUAAAUUAAACUGAAAGUAUUUCCUCAUAUUAAUUGAUAAAAAUGAAUAUACAAUUUAGACAUAUAUAACUGUGCACAAUAAUAUUAAUAUAAUAUAUAUUUAAAUUUUAAUCAUAUUAAUUAUACACUUGUACAUUCAUUGUAUUUUAUAAAGAACAUUUAAGAUCUCAUUAUUAAUAUCUCAACAUCUUGACAUAACAAUUGCUCAGAAUCUUUUUGUAGUUAUUGUUUUACUUGUCUGUGUAUAACAUAAACAGUGAAAGUUUAUGCAAUGUUGUUAUAAAUAUUUUUAAAUAAACUAUUUUUAUUUACUAAACAACAAAGAA